GCACGGUGGGCGAUGGGAUGGACGAAGCGGAGCAGGACCAGCACGAAGCCCGUCUCAAGGAGCUCUUCGACAGUUUCGACCUCACCGGCUCGGGCUCCCUGGGGCGGGAGGAGCUGACGGACCUCUGCCACGUCCUGCACUUGGAGGAAGUCGCUCCGGGGGCGCUCCAACAGACUCUCUUGCAGGACGACGUCCCGGACAGGGUUAACUUCAACCAGUUUAAAGAAGCACUAAUCCUCAUCCUAUCUAGGACGCUAACAAAUGAAGAGCCAUUCCAGGAACCAGAUUCUUCGUCGGAAGCCCAACCAAAAUACAUCAAGGGCGGGAAGCGCUAUGGGAGGCGAUCCUUGCCGGAGUUUCAAGAGCCUGUGGAGGAGUUCGCGAAGGUGACGGUGAUUGAGCCCUUGGGUGAGGAAGGCCAGCCCCCCGGCCUCUCCAACGAUGGCUGCAAUGAGCCCUGGCGGUCCCAAGACAGUGAGGAAUAUGAAGCGGAAGGCCAACUGAGAUUUUGGAAUCCCGACGACUUGAACGCAUCCCCAAACAUCUCCCCCCCUCAGGACUGGAUAGAAGAGAAGCUACGUGAGGUGUGUGAGAACCUGGGCAUCUCCAGAGAUGGCCACCUGAACAGAGAGAAGCUGGUCUCCAUUUGUGAACAGUACGGAUUGCAGAAUAUGGACACGCAGGUCCUGGAGGAAGUCUUCUGCAACCUCAAACACGACGGAAUGAUGAGCAUCGAAGACUUUUUCUAUGGCUUGUUUAAAAUUGGGAAGUCUCUCCCCCCGUCUGCCUCAACCCCGUACAGGCAGCUCAAACGACAUCUCUCCAUGCAGUCCUUUGAUGAGAGCGGAAGACGUAACACUACAACAUCAGCAAUGACAACCACAAUCAGCUUCCAAGUGUUCUCCAGCCUGGAUGAUGGGAUGGGCUACGCAGCAGUGGACAGAAUCCUUGAUGUAUGGAAUGAAGAGGGGAUAGAGAACAGCCAUGAGAUCUUGAAGGCCUUAGAUUUUAGCUUGGAUGGGAAAGUUAACCUGACCGAUCUCACCCUCGCUCUGGAAAAUGAGCUGCUCGUAACGAAGAACGGGAUCUACCAGGCCGCACUCGCAAGUUUCAAGAUGGAAAUCAGGCAUUUAAUGGAAAGGGUGGACCAGGUAGUUAGAGAAAAAGAGAAAUUGCGAUUGGACCUGGAGAAGGCAGAGAAACUGAAAUCGCUGAUGGCUUCUGAAGUGGACGACCACCAUGCUGCCAUCGAACGUCGAAAUGAGUACAACCUUAGGAAAUUGGACGAGGAGUACAAGGAUCGCAUGGCGGUUCUCAGAAAUGAACUUCGGAAAGAGCGGGAGCAGAUCCUGCAGCAAGCCGGCAAGCAACGGAUGGAGCUGGAGCAGGAGAUCGAGACGUUGAAAACGGAGGAGAACUACCUCCGGGACCGCCUCGCUCUAACACUGAAGGAAAACAGUCGUUUAGAGAGUGAGCUUUUGGAAACGGGAGAGAAACUGGCCAAGUACGAAAGCACGGCGAGCAAACUGCAGAAGAACUUGGAAAACGUCCUGGCGGAGAAGUUCGGCGACCUCGAUCCCAGCAGCGCGGAGUUCUUCCUGCAAGAGGAGCGGCUGACGCAAUUGAAGAUUGAGUACGAGCGGCAGUGCAGGGAACUCCAAGACCAGAUUGACGAACUGCAGUCCCAACUGGAAGCUCAUCGGACUCAAGGCAAAGCGGUCGAGCCUUUGUUGAAAAACUCUCUCUACGAGGAGCUGGACGACUGUGAAGUUGAAUGCAAUCACGAGGUCGGUUCUGAGGAAAACAACCCCCUGAACAUGAGUAUAGAAGCUGAAAUGGCCAUGGAGCAAAUGAAGGAUCUGCACCAUCAGGAUAUCCGUGACCUACGUCAGAAGCUUGAAAGCUCGAUCCGCCAUUACGAGAAGCAGCUGGAGGAGACCCAGAGCCGCUGCGAGAAGGAGAAGGAGAACCUUCAGCAGAAAUUCUGCCAGGAGAUGCUAACCAGGGAGGGGCAAGUCGAUGACCUUCAAGCCCAAGUUUCUGACCUCCAGGCAGAGCUGGCCAGAGCCAGGCAGAGGGAUGACCCAGAACGGGGUGAGGUGCUGAUGGGCGUGGAGGAGAAGGAUAGCCGCCAGGAGCCCCUCAGGCUCAGUCCCGGAGGGGAGCUCCGGGCCAGGCUGGCAGAGACGCGCGAGGAUUUUAACCAAGAGCGGGAGGAGCUGAUCCAGGCCGGGGUUUGGAUGGAGGAAAAAAUGAGGACCAUAGCAGAGACCGUCCGCGAAGAGAAAGCCGAGAUGGAGCACGGGUUCUGCGAGCAAAUGCAGAUGCUGGUGGAGAAGCACGCCCUGGAGAAGGCACAGAUACUGCAAGAACUGGCAGAGAAGCACCGGCAGGAACUGCGGGAAGAGAGGACAAAAAUGGAAAACGAGUUUAAUGGAAGACUCUCUCGGGCCGAGGAGCAGUUUGCAGUUGACCGGCAGGCCCUUGUGAGCAAAUACGGAGAGGCGGUCAAAAACCUGGAAGAACGCUACCGGCAAGAGUUGCAAGAGCUUUCCGAGCUGCAGGGCGAGGAGAAAUCCCGGUGGGAAUUUGAAAAGGAUGAACUGAUCCAGGAAGGUGCUGAGGCCCAGGAGAGGUGGAAAGAGACACUCGAGAAGGAGAAGUCUGUUUCAUCAGCACUGGCCCAAGAGAAGGAGCUUCUGGAGAAGAAUUUCAAGGAGCACGUGAACUCGUUGAUGCUGGAGAAGGAGCAACUUGAGAAAGAACUCCGGGAUGCGAAGAAGCAGGAAAAUGAGCUGCAUGGUCAGCUCUUACAAGUUCAGGUCAGUCACAAGAAGGAGCUGAGAGAGAGGGAAGAAGAAAUCGCUGCUGCCGAGGCAAGUCGGAAGCAAGUCAUCGAAAAGCUUGAAGGGCUGGAGACAGAAUUUUUGCUCAAGAAAGAAGAACUGAAUUCCAGACUGGUCGCUCUCGAGCAUUCAAAGCAAGAGAUGUGUUGCAGAGCGUCAGCAGAAGAACGAGAGCUGAGGUGGGAAGUCUCGAAGCUGGAAAGUCAAGUGGAAGAACUGCAGAAGGAGUUGGUCCACCUGUCUGAACUGCAAAGCAAUUGUGUCUUCCCAAGGCAAGAUGUAGAAAGUAAGGGUGUUGAUUCUCCAGGGCCUGGGAAAACCCAGGAGACAAGAGAGGUGCAAGAUGAUCUUCCAAACCUGCCGGCAGACCAGGAGCCAGCAGGAGACGAGAACACGACAGCCAUCUCAGGAAUGGACAACUUGCUGUACAAGCCAGAAGAGCCCAUUCAGUCACCAGGUUUCAGCCCGCUGACUCCAGAAAUAUUUGUGGAAUCAAGUGCAACAGACAAAGACCACGAUGAAGUACGAGGAGAAGAUGAAAUGGAAGAGGGAGACAUGAGUUGGCGUCCUGUCACAGAAUCCGAAACGGCAGCCUCUGGAACAGAGACCUUUUUCAAGUUGAAAAAGGCCUAUGAAGAAAUCCGGUCAGAGAAUGAAACCCUCAAGCUCCAGAAAUGGCAGCUGCAAGAGAGGAUCUGUUUCCUGGAGAUGGAAUGUGAGCAAGCGGCUCUCGAUCGGCAAGACAUGGCGUCCCAAGUCCAGAAAGAACUGGACGAGAUCCUUCAGACUAUUCCCAGGCCAAAGACAUUGCCCUGCGAAGCUGGCGAGAGUGAAGAAACAUCCCGUUGUGGGGAAACAGACAUUGUGCAAACGCAUCCCAACUGUGCGGCAGGGAGCCAGAGGUUCUUUGCUGAAGAGUCCGAGGUUGACCUGAGCAUUGAGGAGGUGACUGACUAUUCCUCACAGUUUUGGAAGGACCACGGUGAAGCCAUUGAAGGGGAGCUGGGAACAGAGAGAGGGGCAAACAACGGAAUCCAGGCCAAAGUUCUUGCAUUACCAGAAGAGCUCCAGCGGGAGAACCAAGCUCUGAAAGCCACGUUGGUGAACUUGUGUGAACGGAACAGCACGCUGGAGAGCUACUUGCCGCAGCUGAUAGGAUUGCAGUGCAGGUUGGAGGAAAGCGGCCAAGAGAGCCUCAGAUGGGAAGAGGAGAAGCAGCAGCUCCAGGAGAAAGUGAGAGAGCUGGAAGAGGAGCGGGACCAGAUGGCCGCGGAAAACCGGGAGCUGCAGACCACGAAUCUGCACUUGCGUAGCCGGCUUGGGAAGCUGGAGGAGCUUAUGGUGGCUCUGAAGGUGCUGAAAGGGAGACCCGGCCUCUAUGUGGACGACACCAAAGAAGCGCAAGCGGAGAAGAGGGGGCUCCAGGAGCUGAACUGGAAGCUGAAAGAGAGAGUGGCCGCGCUGCUCAAGCAGAAAGGCGCGCACGCCCAGGAGAAGGACGACCUGAACGCAGCCCUGCGCGGCUUGCAGUGCGCCUGCGGGGAGCAGCAGCAGCAGCUGGAGCACUUGAGGUGUGAGGCUGAGAGUCUCCGAGAAGAAAACGCCAUUUUAAGGAACGAAAUUGAUUUGUUGAACGAGGAAGGGAGCCUAUCGGGCCUGCGGCUGAGGGAGUUGAGUGACUCUCGAGAAGAACUCUGGCAAAAAAUAGAGGCUGUGCGGAAAGAGAAAGCAGCAGUGCAGAAGAUGGCAGAAAAUCUGAAGAAACAGGUGUCCGAAUUGAAAGCCAGGAAUCAGCAGCUGGAAGUGGAAAAUGCCAACUGGGGCCAAAAGAAUUCCCCCAGCCAGGUAGACACAGAAGAGCUUAACCAGCAGCUGCUGAGGGCCCUCCAGCAGAGAGAGAGGGAGUCCGGGAAGCGCACACCAGAAGAAUGGGAGAGCGAGAGCUCUCAGCUCAAGGAAGAAUUGGAGAACUGUAAAACUCAGUCAUCCACGCUGGUAUCGUCUUUGGAGGCAGAGGUGGCUCAGCUCCGGGCUCAGUCUUGUGCUGUGGAACAAGAGAACCUCUUCCUGAAGCAAGAACUGGAGAAAGUGCAGCAGCUGCCCAGGUGCCCUGAUCUCUCUGAUCUCCAGAAUGAGAUUUCCAGCAUCAUUGUGAAAAAUGAGAAGCUCGUGGAAGAGAAGGAAGCCCUCGGUGAAGAACUGAAUAGAUGCAUUGAGAAGGUAGCGAAAGUGGCCUUCUUGGAGAACCUGGUUGCUUCCUUGAAGCAGGAAAAGGCCUCUUGGGAGCAUCAGUCUCAGUCGCUGAAAACACAAAUUGCAGCGUCUCAAGACAAGAUGCCCAGACUUAAGUCGGAACUCAGGGUGACUCAGCAGGAGAACGACGCUCUGAAGCAGGAAGUGAUGUCACUACACAAGCAACUGCAGACAGCCAAUGAUAAGAAUCGGGUUCUGGAAUUGGCCACGCAUUCUACGGGGCUGCAGAGCCAGCAGAAGAAGCUGUGUUGGGAGGAACUGGAUCAGCUGGUCAAGCAAGAGCAGCAGCUGUUGAGGCAGGAAAACGAGAGACUCCAGCGGGAAGUCCAGAGCACCAAGGCAGAGCUCGUUCAUUCUAGGGAAAAGAUACGGCAGCUGGACUCCGCUCUCUUCUCCCUGAAGCACCAGAAGCACCAAAGCCAGUCGGGGAUUGUGAAAGCCAUCGAGCAAGAGAAACUGAAGAGGGAAUGUGAGCGGUUGCAGAAAGAGCUGAUUUCCGCCACCCGGAAGGUCAGCCAGAUGAAUGCCCUGGAACAUGAGCUGGAAACCGUAAAGUUGGAAAAUGAAGGCCUAAGGAAGAAACAGGUCAAGCUGGACGAACAGCUGAUGGAGCGGCUUCACUCGAGCACCAGCGUGAGGAUUAGCCAGAGCCUGCACCCUCGCGAGCCGCAGCUGCUCCCGCCGCCGGGCUGCGCCAUGGUCCCCUGGGAGCAGCACCAGCAGCUGCGGCACCAGCUCUUCCAGGCCGAGAGGAGGAGUCAACGCCUGCAGGAGGAGCUGGAGAACCAGCCCCUGGACACAAACAUGCCGCAGGGCGGACACGAACAGCUGCUAAAGACCAUGGAGAAAAGGAUGAUGGAGGUCGAACAGCAGCUGAGGCUUGUCAAGAGGCUUCUCCAAGACAAAGUCAAUCAACUGAAAGAGCAGUUUGUGAAGAACACGAAAGCUGACGAAAUGGUCAAGGACUUGUACGUGGAGAACACGCAGCUGCUGAAAGCCCUGGAGAUGACCGAGCAGAGGCAGAAGACGGCCGAGAAGAAGAACUACCUCCUUGAAGAGAAGAUCGCCAACCUCGGCCGGAUCGUGAAGAACCUCACCUCACCGGCCCUGGGCUCCGCCGCUCAGUUGGGGUCUUAGCAAAGCCAUACCA